ACGGAACAAGACUGGGAGCUCAAGCUCUUGUAAUAUUAUAUACACAUGGAUGCCCCGUUGAUCUGAACAGUAGUUUUGCCUGAUCCUUUGCUGAUCUUUUUUCUUUUUCCAACUUGGUCCUGCGCUCUUUGUACAUAAACAAUCCCUCAUACGACCUUGGGUUCUGUAGAUAUAAUCGAGAACCACAACUACCUAGGCUAUUCUUUACACAAAACAGUACCUUUAUAUAACACUGGUUUCUCUUGUUGUGACAGACAACCUGUGUCCGUUGCAAAUAUGGCAAAUGCAGAACCCCUCAACGUGCUGAUGGUGGGCACUGGCGAGUACACCACUGGUUUUGUUGGCGGUGGCGCCUCAGGGUCAGACAAAAAGGUUGGCGUUGUAGGCCUAUCCAUGUUUGACCUGCGCAGGCGAGGCAAGGUUGGCAAACUGGGCAUGGUGGGAGUCAACGGGAAGAAGUUUGAUGCCAUUCGUGAGCACCUUCACAAGAAUAUCCAGCAGGUCUACAACAACUUGGACACCUCUUUCGACUCAUAUCCUGCAAACGAUGCCGUGGAUCCGGAUGCAUACAAGGCAGCCAUUGACGCACUCAAGCCCGGAGAUGCCAUCACCAUCUUCACCCCCGAUACCACUCAUUACCCCAUCGCCAUGUACGCCGUUGAGAGGGGCAUCCACGUAAUGUUGACCAAGCCCGCAGUCAAGCUUCUGUCGCACCACCAAGAACUGCUCGAGGCUGCCCGCAAGAAGGGCGUCUACGUCUACGUUGAGCACCACAAGCGGUACGAUCCGGCUUACGCCGAUGCCCGGUUCAAGUCGCAGAAGCUUGGCGCCUUCAACUACUUCUACAGCUACAUGUCGCAGCCCAAGUCUCAACUCGAGACCUUCAAGGCCUGGGCCGGUGUAGACUCGGACAUUUCUUACUACCUCAACAGCCACCACAUCGACAUUUGCGACUCGAUGGCGUCGCCGCUAGGCUACGUCCCCGUCAAGGUAUCGGCCUCCGCCUCCAAGGGCGUCGCCACCAGCCUGGGCUGCAACGAGGCGACCGAGGAUACCAUCACGGUCCUCGUGCACUGGGAGAACAAGGAGACCAAAGGCCACGCCACGGGCGUCUACACGGCCUCGUGGACGGCCCCGCAGCGCGCCGGAGUGCACUCGAACCAGUACUUUCACUACCUGGCCAAGGACGGCGAGAUCCGCAUCGACCAGGCCAAGCGCGGCUACGACGUCGCCGACGACAACGUCGGGCAGCUCAUGUGGUACAACCCCUUCUACAUGAAGUACGCCCCCGACGAGGAUGGCAACUUUGCCGGUCAGUCGGGUUAUGGUUACAUCUCGAUGGAGAAGUUUGUCGACGGCUGCCGCGCCAUCAACGCCGGUUCGCUCAAGCCCGAGGACCUCGACGCCAAGGGACUGCCGACGCUCAAAAACACCAUCGCGACGACGGCGAUCCUCGAGGCUGGCCGGAGGGCUAUUGACGAGAACCGGGAGGUUAUGAUUGAGAUAAAGGAUGGAGUUUGGUCGCUGGUUUAAGGGUGAAAGUCUGUAGCCCCUUGGUAUUUUGGUCAGCGUUUCUUAUCGGCA